GCUUUCUCUAUCUACGGUCAACAAUAAAUUUGUUGUUGCCAUGAACCUUGUUGGCGGCUCUCUCACUCUCUCUCUCUCUCUGUGGGAAGUCUCACAUGUGGCAAAUGACAUGGCGCCAACAAGGUGACAACAUGGCGGCUGUACAUGUGGUGUGUAUGGAAGACUAGUAGCAUAGAGAUGCUUCUAAGAUUCUCCACCUAAAUGAGAGCUUAAUGGUGCACUUAUUAGUCACAUAAUGGGUGACAUAUAUAGAGUGCAUAAUGGGGGGGGGGGACUUAUAGGGUGUAGUAAUGGAGAGGGACAUUAUGAGGGGCAUUGAUGCCUUGUAUGAGGAGAGACCUAUAUAAGGAGUCAUCUCCCUCACUUGUAACUCAUUCCACAUUUUUUAGAGCAAUGCACACUAGAGAGUUCUCCCACUUCUUUGUCUUGUUUCCUUGCUUCUUUGCUUGCUUGUGAGUUUGAUAGAAGGCUGCCUAGCGCUCUAACGGAAUUGAGAGCUAGUGUCGCACGAUCGAGAGUAAGGCCGUGACAAGUGGUAUCAGAGCCUGGUUUGGCUCGGUGCUAGCAAAGUAGAAGCAAUAGCAGACGAAAAGGAAGAGCCUCACCAAUAAUGUCAAGAUCAGAAGACGUUACUGAUGCUGAGAAGGAAGCCAAACGUGGAAGAGAUACCACCAAGGGCUCGCGGCCAAAAGGCAUGUCGAGCACUCGUGAUCCUUUCAUGUCUCUAGAGAGGCGAGUCUCUAGAAUGGAGGUGAAGCUUUCCGAAGAUGUCACCGCCAUGAAGGAUUUGGGAGUUAACUUCGCCCAAGUCCAAAGCGAUGUUCAAGGAAUGGCUGGUCGGUUGACGAGAUUGGAAAUCAACCAUGAAGGGCUUCGAGAAGAGCUCAUGGCCCUCAUCAAAGACACCAUCUCCACAUCCAUGAGAACCGCAAUUGAAGUUGUGAAAGAGCAUGUCCAGGCUGAGCUGGGCGGCGUGAAGGAGGAGAUUGCAGACCUCAAGAGUGAGGUCACUCUCGUGAAGAGGGCCAUGGCUAGCGAACCAGUCCCGGUGCAAUCCGUCCCACGUGCUGACGUUCCAAGACCAAAGAACUUCGGAGGUUCAAGGAACGCGAGGGAGUUAGAGAACUUCCUUUGGAGUCUUGAGCAGUAUUUCAAGGCAUCCGACAUCCAAGAGGAUGAGGUAAAACUCUGUACCGCUCCACUUUACUUGGUCGAUGUUGCUAUGGUGUGGUGGAGGCGACAUGAAGCAAGCGUCGAAAGAGGUACAUGUGUGAUGGUAACGUGGGGAGAUUUCAAGAGAGAAAUCAAGAAGCAGUUCUAUCCAGAGAUUAUGGAGUUCGAAGCCCGUUCGAGGUUGAGAAGACUCACCGAGAGGGGUGGAGUUCGAGAAUAUGUGAAAGAAUUCUCGGAGCUGCUUCUAGAGAUCCCGGACAACAAGGACAAGGAGCUGAUAACACUAAAUUUGCACAUGUUUUUACCCCUCAUUUCUUGAUUGUUUAGCUUGUUUAUUAUCAUAAUUUGGCCUAUUUUACGCUAGGUUGUGUUCCUUUGUCACAUUUCAGGUUCUAGCAUGUAAAAUGAAGCAUAGGCGCAAGUUUCAAGUCAACCGGAGAUAAAUUGGCGACUCGGGGGGAGAAACUUGGGUGUGACCCAAGGAAGAAUGGAUUUCUACCUCAUUUAAUGGACAAAUAUUCAUGUAAUCUAGGCAUAUAAAGAAAUAGGACGAGACUACGAGCAUCUGGGAUCAAACGACGACUGAUUCAGAGUUCGGAUGAGGGAGAUAUCACCGAAAGACAUCAGCCUCUCCUAAGUUACUGGCUGACCUUCCAAGUUACGACCAUGACCGUAACUUGGCCAUUUUGGUCGUAACUCGGGGCCACGGGAGGCGGAAUACAUUCCCUAAGUUAUGGGCUUAACCCAAAAGGUUACGGCUGUAACUUGGAGCCGUAACUUGACUUCUGUGAGCUGUAUAAAUGCAUUUUUGCGGAUUCUGAAGUGGGAGAGCUGGGUUUUGGAUCCCAAACACCCAAGCGACGAACCCUAGAGAGAGAGAGAGCACCUUGGGAAUAUUCUUGGAGCUAUUUUGGAGGAUUUCUUCACCAUUAGAGCUCGGGAAACAAGCUUGGAGAUGGAGAUUGAAGAUAUAGAUUAGAUUUCUGCAUUCUUUCUCUUCUCUAUGGAGUAACUUCCCUUCACUUAGGUUUUGAGGAACCCUAGCUAUGUUUGUUUGAUUGGAUGAUUGUAUGAGUACUCUUACUUGAUAAUCUUGAUUUCAUAUUCAAUUUAUGCAUGUUUUCAUGAUUCAAUUCUGCUUUAGUCGAGAUUAUUGAUUCUGCUUUAAUCCUAUGAGAGCGAAUAACUAAUUAGGUCAAUAAAGCACCAUAGAUUGA